AGCACGGAGCGGUGUUUUGCGCAAUGGCUUUCCUCCUUUUUAAAAUUAGUAUAAUUUAUAGGCUACCUGCACUUUAAACUGUUCAUGCACAUGAAACACAAGUCUGUUUAUUGCAUUUCGACAUUUUCGACGCCAAAAAUAGCCCACGACAGCAGGAAAGAUGUGGACUAUACCCAAACCCCGAUAUAAGAACUGCAACAGCUUGGACACGAGGGAUGAAGCCGAGAUAUCCGUGAACAUUGGCGGGGUGAAGCUCGUUUUAUACGGGGAUGUACUUAACCGCUACCCGGAGAGUCGACUUGCAGAACUUAUCAACUGCUCAACUCUGAGUUACGACAUUAUUUACUCACUUUGUGAUGACUACGACCCCGGUAAAAGGGAGUUUUAUUUUGACCGGGAUCCUGACGCUUUCAGAUGUAUCAUUGACGUGUAUUACUUCGGUGAGAUUCACAUCAAACGAGGUAUCUGUCCCAUUUGUUUUAUUAAAGAGAUGGAAUUCUGGAAAAUUGACCAAAGCUAUUUGGACGAGUGCUGUAAAAGUGACUUGACUGAAAAAGAGGAAGAGCUGGCUGAGAUUGCCAACAAAGUGAAGCUUAUCUUGGAUGAUCUAGAUGUGGUCCCUUCUUUCAACCGCUCAGCGCGGUACCAAAAGUCCCUUUGGAAACUCAUGGAGAAACCGGAGUCCUCAUUGCCUGCGCGCAUUAUCGCCAUUGCAUCUUUCCUCUUCGUCCUUGUGUCAUCCUUGGUGAUGUGCGUGGGUACCAUUCCAGAAGUCCAAAUGGAGGACGACGAGGGGGACCUUGUGGAACACCCAACGCUGGAGGCCAUCGAGACAGCAUGCAUAGGCUGGUUCACCGUAGAAUAUCUGCUGCGUUUUAUGUCCUCCCCAAACAAACUGCACUUUUUCCUAUCCUUUAUGAACAUAAUAGACUUCAUGGCUAUCAUGCCCUUUUACGUGGUGCUGACCCUAACUUACCAGGGUACGGCCAUGAUGGAUCUGGCCAAGGUCCAGCAAGCGGUCCAGGCGCUUCGCAUCAUGCGUAUUGCCCGCAUCUUCAAACUGGCACGUCACUCCUCCGGGCUACAGACUCUCACCUAUGCGCUGAAGAGGAGUUUCAAAGAGCUGGGGCUGCUCCUUAUGUACAUGGGCAUAGGGAUAUUCGUGUUCUCAGCACUGGGCUACACCCUGGAGCAAAGCCACCCGGAGACCCUCUUCAGUAGCAUCCCACAGUCCUUCUGGUGGGCUAUUAUCACCAUGACGACCGUAGGCUAUGGAGACAUUUACCCCAAAACCACGCUCGGAAAGUGCAACGCAGCCAUCAGCUUCCUGUGUGGGGUGAUAGCCAUCGCGUUGCCCAUUCACCCCAUUAUCAACAACUUCGUUAUUUUUUACAACAAGCAGAGAUUGCUCGAGACUGCGGCCAAGCACGAGCUGGAGCUCAUGGAGUUGCAGUCUAGCGAGGACUCAAUGGUGAAGGCCACGCGCAAGUCUGGCGCAUUGGGUGCAUUGGAGAGCUCUAUGCGCACCUCUCGUAGUGAUAAUUCUAUACCACUUAUUGAGGAAUCAACCAGGACUUUUAAGUCGAAAAAGUAUUGCUCCGAAACAGAAUCGUUUUAACUUGACAUAGACAUAGGCCUAUUGUAGAGUAACGUGUUUCAGUUCGAUGAGGUAUUUCCUCCUGUAGCUUCUACACAGUAAAUCAAGGAUAGUUGAAAUCAGUGUUAAAAUCAUUUGGGUUAAAUUGACUCUACUGGGAGUUAUUUUAACCCUCAAGAGAGUGAUAUGCUCUGUGGAGUUAGUGUUGAUAACUGGAGUUGAUUGGGACAGAGUACUUUUAACUCCCUUAAGAGAAACCAGAGACAAGGAAUUAAAUAUAUGGAGUUGUCUACGAUGUGGGAGGAGCAUCAUUGGCAUAUUUCCCAGCUUGCUCUGUUGAAGCUUGAUUUUUGAAAUUGUUUGUUUCAAUAUCUGUGUUUUUGCAUGCACAUUGGUUGUUUUUGAUCUUAUGCUACACAAAGAUAAGAAACUUAGAUUUUUCUAAACUAAUCCAAUCGGUAAAUGGUUGGAUUUCUAGCAACCAGUAGUGAGAUAGUUGUUCCAGUUUACAUGGUGUAGUUGGUAGUCCUGAUGUACUGUGUAUUUUCUACCCUACUAUGACAGGUAUUCUAUAAGCAAAUUGUGGGGACAUAAAAUUGUUGGAUACCUUCCUGCAAAUUGGAUUCCAGUAGAGAUGUCAUUUCACAUUACAAACCACCAUAAUGUGAAACAUUAAGAAAUAUUCAUAUAUGUUUUUAACACCCUUAUAACGUAAAGGAAGUAAACUGAAAGAGAAAUGUACUCUGCUGGAGGUGAUUGUUAAUUCAAAACAACACUGAAAAUAGUAAAAUGUCAAUUGGUGUUAUAUUUAAGCAACUCUCUGAGAGUUGGACAUUUACUCCAUUUUGUGCUGUUUUAAAUCCCAAAAUAUCAACACCAUGAUCAGAGUAGUUUUAACACAAAAUUGGGGUGGGACCAUAUAAACCCCCAAAUAGUGUUACAUUUCACUCCAUAGGAGUUGAAUUAACUCUUGUGAUUUUACCAUGUACAUGUGGGUCUAGUGACUCUAGUCAGUCUACAGCAAACAUCAAGAAUGGAGUUUUUCGGGGAGAAUUGUAAUUGUAUUUAUUCAAUUAGCAUCGAAUAAAGCGUUUGCAUGAGAAACAUUGAAAUGGACCUGAGUAUCCAAAUCUGGAGACAUAGGCGUACUAAUGUGGAGCUUAACCACCCCAUUCCCAUUUCUUCUCAGGAAAGUUAUUUUGAAAUACAGUGCUCACUCCUAUGUCUUUGAUGUUUGUACAGGGGGAUGCCUGUAAUUAUUAUACCGGUGCACAGACCUUUUAUGCACAGAUAGCCUAAUGGGUAUUUUUUUAAUCCUCAAUGCAACUUAAACAUUUUAAACAUUGGCUUGUCUUCUGGACCUGCAGGGGAAAGAAUGGCAUUUCGUUUUUUAUCUGAGGUACAUAAAAUAUUAGCCUCGUAAUUACCAGACUGAUUAACAUUCAUAUAAGCUUGCAAGAUCAGGCAGCUUGCGAGGCUAAUGAAUAUAUAGUGAACAAAAAUAUAAAUGCAACGUGCAACAAUUUUUUACUGAGUUA